CGUAAUCCUCAGCUGUGGGAUGUAAACAGAAAGGCUUAGUGAGUGAGCGGUGGGCCUCUAUUUAACAUUCAAUAUACCAAAAAUCCUUACCACUGAGCCUCGCCAUUCAUCAGCUGCCCUAAAGGUCCUGGAACAAGAUGGCCGAUGUACGGGACAUCUUGGAGCUGGAGAGGUCCCCAACACCUGAGGUGAGCAAGGAGGUCAUCCUAGGCCUGCGCAAGGAUGCACCCAAGAGGAAGAAGGAAAAAGAGGUGAUGCGGCGGCCAGAGGGGAUGCACCGGGAGUUGUACGCGCUACUGUACUCAGACUCUAACAAGGACCUGCCACCGCUGCUGCCCACUGACAGUGCUGGCCAAGGCUACAAGAGUGUAAAGGCAAAGCUGGGCAUGAAGCGAGUGCGGCCAUGGAAGUGGAUGCCGUUCACCAACCCGGCUCGCAAGGACGGCGCAGUGUUCUACCACUGGCGCCGCACCUGUGAUGAGGGCAAGGAAUAUCCCUUCGCCAUGUUCAACAAGAAAGUUGAAUUGCUCAGUUAUUCAGAUGCAGAGUACAGUGAGCACCUGCUGUGUGAGGGUUGGACAAGGGCUGAGACAGACAUCCUGUUUGAGUUGUGCCACCGCUUUGAUCUGCGCUGGCCCAUCAUCCAUGACCGCUGGCCUUCUCACCUCACUGCGCGCUCCAUAGAGGACCUCAAAGAACGUUAUUACAAUGUUACCAACUGUCUCAAGAAGGUGAACAAUCUGACAGGACCAGAAGGCAAGAUUGUGAAUUAUGAUGGUGAUCACGAGCGGCGGCGCAAACAACAGCUACUCAGAUUGUGGGACAGAACACCCAAGCAGAUUGAGGAGGAGCAGCAGCUUAUCAACGAGCUGCGCAAGAUUGAGGCUCGCAAGAAGGAAAGGGAGAAGAAAACUCAGGACUUGCAGAAGCUGAUCAGCGCUGACACAGACUCCCGCAAGAUGACUAAGACCACCAAGAAGAAGAUUCAGCAAACCAAGGUGGCCAAGCUGGACACAGCGCCACCAAGUCUGGAAAGUUGCACAGGCAUCAAGUUUCCAGACAUCAAGUCAUCAGGAGUCAGUCUCCGGUCACAGCGCAUGAAGCUUCCAGCCAGUGUGGGACAGAAGAAGGUGAAGGCAAUAGAACAGCUCCUCACUGAACUGAAUUUAGAAAACAGCCCCAUGGCCGUGGAGGAAGUGUGUCAGCUGUUCAAUGACCUACGCUCAGAUCUGGUGCUGAUGUAUGGCCUGCGAACCAUCUUACUCAAUUAUGUGUUCGAGCUGCAGACUCUGAAGCACCAAUGUGAGAGUGUCAUGCCAGAUAAGGUGUUGGAAAUCCCUGAGGCACUCACCAUUAAUACUGGGGAGGAGUCACCCAGCCGGCCCCGUGCCAUAUCCGAGAUGAUUGAUGCUGUGGCUACACCUAAUACUCCCAACAGAAAGCGGAAAGCAGCAUUGGAACAAAGUAAUGUCCUAAAGAAGAUCAAGGCGCGCACUUAGGCUUCAGCACCAGGUGAAGCUUUCAUCACAACCACAGCAGCUGUCUGCACCCAGCACAUGUUGAUUGGAUCCCCCUCCUCCCCAGUGCUGGUUAGUUGGGUGAGAGGCAGGAAGAGGCAAUACAACUGUGCAAAAUGUCAUAUUUUGUUUUCUCAUUGAGGAAAAAGUAUUGUAAUUUUUUUUUUUAAGUAAGUGACUUUUAAUGUUUUUUAUAUAAUUAAAAUUUCCUUAAGAAA